GGGAAAGGCGCGUUCCGGUGUGGGCACUGCGGCCUGGGAGGUCGCGGAUUAUGACCUAGGUUGCUGAUCGGCGCGUUAAAUUUCCCGCCAGAUUGGGGACGGAUGCUCUGAGACAGCGGCGAGGACGCCAGGUGGCAUUCUUCAUUAAAGGCUUUUUAUCAAAGGUUGGAAACGUUGGAGAUCGUCAGAAAAAUGCCCGGAGUUACUCAGUGCGAGAGUCAGACCGUGCUGGCGAAGGCGAGCCCGUCCAAAAAGAGCCGUCUGUCUCUGCGUUUCUUCCAGAAGAAGGAAACAAAACGAGCUCUGGACUUUACCGAAAACCCACCGGCUGAAAUCCAGAACGAGGAGAACGAGCCUGAAAUCAGUGAUCAAGUUGUCCCCGCUGCACAACUAUCUCCCCCCGUUUGCUGCGCCAAGAAGGAAAACCUUAUUCCAUUUGUUGGGUUUAACAACCUUGGCAAUACCUGCUACCUUAACAGUAUUCUCCAGGUAUUGUGUUAUUGUCCUGGGUUUAAACGCGGAGUCACUCACCUGAGUGAUAUCAUUACUAAGAAGAAGGGGAUGUUGAGGGAGGAUAAAGAACGAACGCUUGAAGAGGAGAGCACAAAAGAGCCCCCUGCGAGUUAUGAGGUUAUCUGCAGUUUGAGUUCUUUGAUUCGUACCGUUGAACACCUUCAGCUCAGUUUUCUCUCAAACCCAGAUAACUAUGACUCUGAGCUCGCCGCCCAGCCGAGGAGACUUCUAAAUACAUUAAGGGAGCUUAAUCCUAUGUAUGAAGGCUACUUGCAGCAUGACGCUCAGGAAGUUCUGCAGUGUAUUUUGGGAAACAUUCAGGAGGCAUGCCAGGCCCUGAAGAAUGAAACUUCAAAAACCCAGCCAGGGACAGAGUCCAGUAAGCAGCCGGUAGACACAGCUAAGCCCCAACCUGGUAGCAGCGGGUCGCACGUUACUGAGACAGGGAAUGGGAUUCCUGACGGUAGCAAUGGCAGCGCCGACGGCUCAUCUGAAACCAAUGAAAACGGCAAAAGGAAAAGUGACGAUGAGGUGGGAAACGCAAAGAAAAAGACCAAACUAACAAAGGAGCAAACUUCAGAAGAGCACAGAUUAACCAGGUCCAAGAGGAAAUCUGCAUCAGAGAAACCAGACCCGCAAGCAGAUCCUAAAAAAGCUAGCGCAAACUCUGACCCAUCACAGAAGAAAUCAAAGCUCAGAUUGAACUGGCUGCGAUCCAGCAAACAGCCCAGCAUUUUAUCAAAGUUCUGCAACUUGGGCAAACACACCACCACUUCGACCAAAACGGAGACGGGCGUGAAAAGCCCAAAACCUGAGAGUGAGAAAUCGGAAUGUAACGAUUCAAGAGAAAACGACCACGAUGAGAAAGAGAGAGCCAGCGUAUCGGAGACCGAGACGAAGCCCUCCUCGCCGAACGAGUCAACUGAAUUUGAACUCGUGGAGAAAUUGUUCCAGGGCCAGCUGGUGCUUCGAACCCGAUGUCUGGAGUGCGAGAGCUUCACAGAGCGGAGGGAAGACUUUCAGGAUAUCAGCGUCCCGGUGCAGGAGAACGAGCCUGAUAAAGUCCAGGACGCCUCGAACAUUUCGCCGGAGCCCAGAAUGGAAACAAAGAGUCUGAAGUGGGCGAUAUCCCAAUUUGCAUCAGUGGAGCGGAUUGUCGGAGAGGAUAAAUACUUCUGUGAAAAUUGCCAUCAUUAUACGGAAGCCGAACGCAGUCUUCUUUUUGAUAAGAUCCCAGAAAUAGUCACCAUUCAUCUGAAAUGCUUUGCUGCAAACAGCUCAGAGUUUGACACUUAUGGGGGGCUGUCAAAGGUAACGACACCCUUGUUGACUCCAUUAACCCUGUCCCUAGAAGAGUGGAGCACAAAACCAAGCAAAGACCUGUAUGGCUUGUUUGCGGUGGUGAUGCACAGUGGCGUCACAAUAAGCAGCGGUCACUACACGGCGUAUGUUAAAAUCACAGACCUCCGGGAGCUGGAUGUGGACCAAGUUAAAGCCCCCAGUGACCCUCAGGGAGAAAUAAAGACUGAACCGCUAACGGAAGAUGAAGCCCGAGCGGCGGACGAGACUUACGACGAUGAAGUCUUCUGUAGGGUCGGUGGAAGUACACCAGGCGUCUGCAAAGUAACCAAAAAGAGCACAGACGCCGUCGGCCUCCUUGGAGGCCAGAAAACCAAAUCUGACUUUGAGCAUCUGACUAACAAAACCACCAGAGCCGAAAAGCUUUCACCGCCGCUUAUUGGCGAUAAACCCUCGGACGCUUUAAACUCGGAACUGCAGCCGGAGAGCGAAGGCAGCGACGCAAAAACCCAAGUAGCUGCUUUCAGCUCCGACAAGACGGCGGUGUCCCUGCUUCAGAGCCUUAAAGAAUACGAGGGGCAAUGGCUGCUCUUUGAUGAUUCGGAGGUGAAAGUAACAGAAGAAAGGGACUUUCUGGAUACCAUCUCCCCGACCACAACAUCCACGUCCACUCCCUAUCUCCUGUUCUACAAGAAAAUAGCAGAGCAAUAAUAACCACUUUGCAAACGUGUAGUUUGCAAAUUGUACAUAAUGUAAAGAAUAAAAAAAGGACUCUCUAUACAUUCUAUGUGAAUGUUGGGCUUAUAUUUGACCUAUACAGUGUGCUAAUAUGCAAAAAGCUUUUGAAAAUAGUAUGAUACAUUUCUUAGUCCUGCUUUUGUGGUGGUAUCCUAUACAAUGUGUUUAUGGUCCUCUAUGGCAUUGUCAAGAACAAAGCCAGAUUUUUUGACCCAUACAUUUGCCUCCA